GUCCACAUCAGCAGACUGAUAAUCACCAAAAUAAGGCCGCCUCGCUGACUGUUCGCGUUUAUAAAAAGGGUGGGAAUGAUAGAGAGAAGGUGAGAGAGACAGAAAGAGAGAGAGGAGGACAGAGAGUGAGUUAAAGAGUGUGUGAAAGAGUGUCCUGUCCUACAGUUACCUAGCAAAGAUGACUUUCAAUGGAACUUGGAAAGUUGACCGUAGUGAGAACUACGACAAGUUUAUGGAACAAAUGGGCAUUAACAUCAUGAAGAGGAAGCUGGCGGAACAUGACAACCUGAAGAUCACCAUCACCCAGACUGGAGAGCAGUUCCACGUUAAGGAGUCCAGCACCUUCCGCACCAAAGAGAUCGACUUCACACUCGGCGUUCAGUUUGACUACGCUCUGGCCGAUGGAACAGAAGUUUCAGGCUCCUGGAACAUGGAGGGUGAGAUGCUGAAGGGUUCCUUCACCAGGAAAGACAACAACAAGGUUCUCACCACCACCAGGACUCUGGUGAACGGGGAACUGGUUCAGAGCUACAGCUAUGACGGGGUGGAUGCCAAGAGAAUCUUCAAGAAGGAGUAAAAAUUAAACUGGAACAAGAAGCACAGACAUUUCUGCCAAACACACUAGUGAAAUGUAUCUACCCCUGGGACAUAAUCACACAUCUGUUUAAAAGAUCAGAUUUAGCAUCCGCAUUUUCUCCCCCCUACACACACACACACACACACACACAAACAGUGUAGUUAUUUUACCUUCAAAUAACAGCAUCAAACACAUUUCAAUGCCACACUGAUAUACAGUAAGGACAGAGGAGUGUCUGACAAAGCAGAUGUGCAUCCCGUAUGCUUGGUAUGGCCCUGUGUGCCGUUGUCGUAGAUAGAAGCAUGUCCCUUUUCAUCGGUAUUAUAUAUAUUUUAGAACCCUUUAGCACUAAAUGGGUACCCUGUACGUUGAAAAUUGACGAAAAGUGGAAAUUCCUACAUCGUGUUUCUGUAAAGCAACACAAUGUAAGAAUUGUUUUGAAUGCACUGAAUACCCAUUCAGUGCUAUGGGGUCUAAAAUACGUCGAAAACUGAGAAAUAGGGUUGCGUUCCUUUACAAAACAACAAGGUUCCAUAAGGCAAUGCCAAUCAUUCUGGGCGUGCAUUAGCAAUUACAGAGACUCCAUUUUGUCUGAUGCAUGUCAAUGUGUCAUCAAAAUGAGUCUGAAGGUGUUAUUUAUUAAAGGAGAAUUCCGGUGUGAUAUUGACCUAAAGUGUAUU